UCAAGCCAAUUGGCUUAGUAUAAAAGCCUCCACUUUCAGAUAAUUUAUUUCAGUUAUUGAAAAGAUACAGUUUUGUGAAAUAUGGCAAGUGCUCCAAAAGUGAAGCUGAAUAAUGGAUUGGAAAUGCCAGCUUUUGGUUUGGGAACGUUAAUGUGCAAGUCAAAUGAAGGUGUAGAAGCAGUUAAAUAUGCAAUUGACAAAGGCUAUCGCCAUUUUGAUACAGCAUACGCUUAUGGAAAUGAAAACGACGUUGGUACCGCCAUAAAGGAGAAAAUUUCGGAAGGAGUUGUUAAGCGUGAGGACAUUUUUGUAACAACGAAAUUAUGGUGUACCUAUCAUGAACCCUCCAGGGUCGAAGAUGCCUGCCGUAAGUCCUUAGAAAACCUAGGACUAGAUUACAUCGAUUUAUAUUUAAUUCAUUUUCCCAUUGGAUUCGUUUAUGUUGAUGACAAGACGCUGAUUCCUUAUAGAGAAGGCACUUCUUCUAUCUUAACCAAGUAUGACGCUGCACUUAUGGUAUUUAUAAAUAAAUUAUUUAUAAGGCUGAAUUAUAGUGAUGUUGACUAUCUGGAUACGUGGAAAGCGAUGGAGUCACUUGUGAAAAAAGGAUUGGUGCGGAGUGUUGGGUUGUCGAAUUUUAAUGCCGAACAAAUAGAACGAGUGCUGAAGAAUUGUGAGAUAAAGCCAGUAACAAAUCAAGUCGAGUGCAGCAUCGAACUAAAUCAAAAGAAGUUAAUUGAAUUUUGUAGACAACGUGACAUAGUCAUCACUUCCUAUUGUCCACUAGGACGGCCAAAUCCCAGCGAAAGGAAACCAUCUUUCUUAUUUGAGAAUCCAACGAAGGCUAUUGCUGAGAAACAUAAGAAAACUCCAGCACAAAUUGCUUUACGUUAUGUGUUUCAACUUGGCACAGUGCCAAUCCCGAAAUCUGUGACCAAGUCAAGAAUUGAUGAGAACAUUGACAUUUUCGAUUUUGAACUUUCUUCCGACGAGAUGAAAGUAUUGGAUAAACUGCACACUGGAAACCGCGCUGGAACCUUUGUCAAAAUUGUUGAUAGUGAUCAUCCCUAUUUUCCAUUUAAAGCUGAGUUUUAAUGUUGUCAUUAUAUUAUUUUU